UUUGUGACAUACUCUAACCGCGCGCUUGGAAGAUACUUUUAUUUAUUUAUAUUUUCACGAUUUUUUAGUUUAGUUUCAUAUUAAUGGGACCGAAAAUCACCAUAAUAAAGUAGCAUUAUAUUUAUUUAUGCAACAUAAUGGAAGUGACCCGGCAUAAUUUCAAAGAAAGUUUGCCUUUAAUACAGUCGUCUAUAGAAAAAGCGGAUUUUCUAGUGAUAGACGCGGAAUUUACAGGUCUAUCAAAAGGUCGGGAUGUGUCUUUAUUUGACACUCCUGCUGAGUAUUACACAAAUAUUUUGAACUCCAGUUCUGAGUUUCUUCUUACUCAGUAUGGACUAUGUGCUUUCUAUUGGAACGCAGAUAAGGAAGAAUACAUAAAUGAAGCAUACAACUUUUACAUUUUCCCCCGUGGGAACUAUGCCCUUGAGAAAAUCUUUCUGUGUCAAAGUUCCAGUUUGGAUUUCCUUGCCGCGCAAGGUUUUGAUUUCAAUAAAUGGAUAAAAGAUGGUAUAUCAUAUGCCACAGAGCCCGUAGAGCAGUUUAUGCGUAACAAAAUAAAAGAAAAACAGACCAGUGACAAUGAACGGCAGUACAUCCCUAUACCUGAGGAAAACAAGCAGCAGGUUGAGGAAAUCAGCAAAAAAGUGAAGCAGUUCAUACUAGAAAAUGAACAGGAGGAGAUGACAAUAGACCGUUGCAACCCGUUCAUCAGGCGGCUGCUAUUCCAGGAGCUUGGGUUGAGGUUCAAAGACGAGGUGAUGGUGGACGCUAAAGUCUUAGAAAAUAAGGAAAGAGUAAUAGUUGUGACUAGGAUAAAAUCUGCUGAUGACACAAACAACAAGCGUAUGUUGAAGGAGCAGAAAGAGUGGGAUGAUUUGGAAGAAGCAGUCGGCUUCUCCAAGGUGGCUCGGAUGAUCAGUCAGUCAGGCAAACUGGUUGUAGGUCACAACAUGCUGCUGGAUGUCCUUCACACGUUGAGUCAUUUCUUCCAAGAUUUACCAUCAGAUUACAAUACGUUCAAAGAGUUUGCGCAUUGCAUGUUUCCGUGUAUAUUAGACACAAAAUAUAUGUCGAGCAUGCCGCCGUUCAAGGAUAAGGUGAAUUCAAACGUUCUUCAACAUCUUUAUCAGUCGUUAUCUGAGGAACCAUUUUCGUUGCCCAAAAUCGUGUCGGAGCCCGGGCGCGGCUACUCGGGCGCCGACGACAAGCAGCACGAGGCGGGCUACGACGCGUUCGUGACGGGCGCGUGCCUGCUGGGGCUGCGCGCGCGCCUGCGCGGCGCCGGGCGCGCGCGCCGCGGGGACGCGCUGCUGGCGCCCUACGCCAACAAGCUGUACCUCGCCAGGACCGCGCGGCAGGACUCGCCUUACAUCAACCUCGAGGGGGACGAUCCUGCACCUUCAAGAGAGCACGUGUUCCACAUGACCUUCCCCAAGGAGUGGCAGAGGAACGACAUCAACCAACUCUUCAGUCCAUUUGGUCAAAUAAUAGUGCAAUUUCUGGACGAUACAAGCGCCUACGUGGCCCUAACUAAUAGGAAGCGUUCGAGGGAGAUGCUGAAGGCUCUGUCAGGUCAUGAAAAAGUCACUUUGGUGCCGUUUUCCAUCCACAAGAAUCUGCAAAACAAGACGGCAGACCACGCCCGGCCGCUGACCGCGAAGAAGACAGUGGUCAUGCGUAACUCAAAUUCUACAGUCAGACAUGAUUCCACAGAGGAGAAGAAGACGGGGUCAUGUCAGGCUUCACCAGUAAUGCCUACACCUGUUCCAAGACCUGUAAACAAUUUUACAGUUAAGUUGAACGAGCCGGUCGAGCCUUCCACGAACAAGAGUAGAACUCGCCCCACUUCCGCUCCCAUUUCCAAAGAGAAAGAGAAGCAUAAAUUAGCAGAUUCACCUUUAGAGGUGGAAGAAACACAACCUGUUACAAAAAAGACAAGGUUACGAACGAACUCCGCUUCCAAUGACAAGGAGAAAUGGAAGAUUGAAGAAAUUAGCCAAGACAAUAAAGAGGUCGACAAAGUUGAGGAGAGCGGUUGGUCCAAACAGACCAAGGCGCAGGCGCAGGUGGAGGCAGUGUUCGCGGGCUCGCCGCGGACGGUCGCCGUGUUCAAAGAGAGCGACAGUUGGCUUUAAGCAAUAAAAUGUUGAC